UCACACGCAUUCUUCUUUGAAUGCCAAGUCAUUGAUGUAGCAAGGUAAAUAUCAGGAAAAUGGAAGUGUAGUGACCAUAUAAAUAGUUUUCCGUUUGUUUUCACGCUGUAAGAAGGUCAUUUGUCUGCGGUGAGGUGAAGACUUCUUGUUUGGAUUUCCAAAAUGGGAUUUAAAUUACUCGCCUUCUUCAUCUUGAUUUUUCCAGAAGGUCUUACUGCACUAACCCUGCAACCAUCAGCAAACCCUGUACCUGUGGGCACCAACGUCACAAUCAGUGUAAACAAUCCCCCAGUCAUUUCAUUUGGUGCCUGGUUGUUUGGACCGAGUGUUUUGUUUCUGUGGUCACCAACAGUGAUCUUCAAUGGCAGUGCCUACUCGACUGGAAUCACAUUUAACAGUGCUUCAUAUGCGCUCACCAUAUCCAACGUAAAUCUGAACAGUUCUGGUCUGUAUGUAUUGGAGUCCAUGGGAAGCAUUGGGGGCAGAGGAGAGCUGACUUUAGAUGUUCAGGAACCUGUAAGUGAUGUGUCUUCCAGUGUAAGCAAGACAAACCUGGUGGAGUUUAACGAAAGCGUGACAUUCACAUGCUCUGCCAGAGGAACGCCGAUGUGGAUUUCAUGGCAGAACAGCAGUUCUCUGGUCACAGCAUGGGAAAGAAUUGCUCUCAGUAACGACGGAAAAGUUUUCACCAUUAAUCCUGUCACGCGGUAUGACCAAGGACCAUUCACGUGUAUUGUGGCAAACAACGUCAGUAGAGUGGAGAGUACACAAAUGAACCUUAAUAUAAGCUAUGGGCCCAGUAACCUGACAUUGACAGUCUCGCCACAGAGUAUAGCAUAUGCGUCUGGCUCUGUUAUAUCUCUGUCAUGCUCAGUCGACUCCAAGCCAACAGCUUCUAUUUCCUGGACAUACAAUGGUGUUCCUCUAAAUGUCGUUGGACCAAAUCUCGUACUUACUAGCACUACUUGGAACAAAACAGGACAAUAUGCUUGCAUUGCCCAUAAUGCAGCGACACUCAGAUAUGCUACGAUGACAAAAAGCAUUCGCAUACUUGAUCCAAUAACAGAAGUGACGGUGAAUCCUCAAGCAGGCUACCCAAAAGAAAACAUGUCCUUUAGUCUAACCUGUAAUAUUGUGGGCUCAAUGGGCUCCAUUCAGUGGAUGAAGAAUAACAUGCACCUGGUCGGCGACAGCAGGAUUACUUUCUCGAAUCAAAACUCAACCCUACUUUUUACCCAACUCAAUAUCAAUGAUAAUGGACAAUACAAGUGUGUAGCCAGCAAUGAUGUCAGCAUCAUGAACAGCCUGGUCUACAACCUCACGGUCAACUAUGGCCCAAGAAAUGUGGCAAUCUCUGGCCCAAGUGUAACUGCAGUAGGAUCCAGCGUGACCUUGAACUGUUCUGCUGACUCUUAUCCUCAAAGUCACUACAGCUGGUAUUUCAAAGGCUCAAAAGUAUGGGACAGAUCAGUGUACAUAACUGGAGCUCUCUUGGUCAACAAUAGCGGACAAUACACCUGCUCAGCCAUGAAUAACAUCACAGGCCUAACCAGCAAUGCCUCAAUGGAAUUAACUGUAAUUGUUCCUGUCAGCGCCAUUACGGUGAACGUCACCAAUCAGCAACCGGUCUACAAUCAGUCAUUUACACUAACCUGCAAUGUUGUUGGAGAUUUUUACUCUAUUCAUUGGCUAAAGAAUGGUGGGCGCCUGCUCCCCAACAACAGAACCACAUUCUCCAAUAACAACUCAACCGUGACGAUUAACCAACUCGCUCUCAAUGAUGGUGGACUUUACCAGUGUGCUGCUUGGAACCCUGUCAGUAACAUGACCAGUGUGGCCUACAACCUUACAGUCAACUAUGGUCCAUGGAACACAGCCAUCUCUGGUCCUGCUAUAGGAGCCGUAGGGUCCAGCGUGACCUUCAGCUGCUCAGCAAACUCUCAGCCCCCCAGUCAAUACAGCUGGUUCUUCAGUGGCUCAAAGAUGUCAGAUAGUUCGGUUUACGUGAUCAGCAGUUUAACAAUGAACAACGGAGGACAGUACACCUGCAUGGCCUACAAUAACAUCACAAGGAUCAGCAGCAAUGCUACAGUGGAUUUAACCGUAUUUAAUCCAAUCAGCUCCGUUACAUUGAACGUCAACAAUCAGCAACCGGUCUUCAAUCAGACAUUCACACUAACCUGCAAUGUCAAUGGAAAUGUUUCCUCCAUUCAUUGGAUGAAGAAUAGCAUGCACAUGCUGCCCAACAACAGAACCACACUCUCCAAUAACAACUCAACUUUGACUAUUAACACACUCGCUCUCAGUGAUUGUGGACAAUAUCAGUGUGCAGCUCGUAACCCUGUCAGCAACAUGACCAGCGUGGCCUACAACCUUACGGUUAACUAUGGUCCAUGGAACACAGCCAUCUCUGGUCCUACUGUAGGAGCCGUAGGCUCCAGCGUGACCUACAGCUGCUCAGCAAACUCUCAGCCUCCCAGUCAAUACAGCUGGUUCUUCCGCGGCUCAAAGAUGUCAAAUAGUUCGGUUUUAGUCAUCAGCAGUUUAACAACGAACAACGGAGGACAGUACACUUGCAUGGCCUACAAUAACAUCACAACGAUCAGCAGCAAUGCUACAGUGGAUUUAACCGUAUUUAAUCUAAUCAGUGCUGUUACAGUGAAUAUAAACAAUCAGCAACCGAUCAACAAUCAGCCGUUCACACUAACCUGCAAUGUCAAUGGCGAUUUUACCUCCAUUCAGUGGAUGAAGAAUGGCAUGAACAUGCUCCUCAACAACAGAACCACACUCUCCAAUAACAACUCAACCUUGACGAUUAACACACUCGCUCUCAGUGAUGAAGGACAAUACCAGUGUGCAGCUCAUAACCCUGUCAGCAACAUGACCAGUGUGGCCUACAACCUAUUGAUCAACUAUGGUCCAUGGAACACAUCAAUCACGGGUCCAACCAUAGCAGAGACGGGGUACAAUGUGACCUUCAGAUGUUCUGCUUCCUCUCGUCCUGAAAGUCAAUACACCUGGUUCUUCAACGGCUCAUGGGUGGCAAACACCUCAGUCUAUGUGAUAGAUACUGUCACACUAAACAAUACAGGAAGGUACACUUGCAGUGCCUUCAAUAGCAUCACAGGCAUCAGAAGCAAUGCCACAUUGGACUUUACUGUAUAUGUGGGCAUCUCCGCCGUGCACGUAAGCUCCAUUCCAAGCAUCCCAGAGGUUGCCGAAAACCUGCAGCUCAUGUGUCACGUGACUGGACCCUACAACAGCAUCCACUGGCUGAGAAACAACGAGACUCUACUGCCAUCCAACAGAAUCACAAUUAUCAACAAUAAUACCACGCUGAUGUUCAUGCCCCUGCAAAGUGCUGACAAUGGAAAUUACCAGUGUGUCGCCACGAAUGUGUUCAGAGGUCAUAAGAGUCAACCAUACCACCUUGUGGCCAACUUUGGACCGGUUAAUGUGCAGAUCAUAGUAAAACCAGGGUAUACGACUACCCUCACGUGUAAAGCCGAAUCCCAGCCACCGGCUGUGUAUCAGUGGAUCGUAGACCACAAUAACACCGUAGUGGCAAAUCAACCCAUUAUAGAAGUUGCCCUUCAGUAUAUCCUGGGCUACAACUUUACCUGUGUGGCCAGAAACCCCUUGACCAAUGUGACAGUCUACACCAGCCACUUCAUCAGUGACUCUAAUGCGGGUGCCAGUGUCCAUUCGGGCGUCAUGCUGACCACUCUCCUUGUGCUCCUGCUGGCUGUGGUGAAUGAAUGGAUGUAAUGUUGACAUUAACAUUAGGCUAUUAAGAGGACUGACUGUCCGAUUAAGGCUUAUGGGUAAAUAUGAAGGUACAGCUAAAAAAAAAGGUCACAGUCUAUAAUCCAGAUUAUAUGAAUGUAUCGUAAUUCAUUUGAGCACUUUAGUACAUUAUUUAGAAAAAAUGUGGGGGAAGGACAGAGAUGCAUUUAUGGAUUAUAAAUGGUUUGGGGACUUUUGAUAGCACCAUACUACAUUAUUUGCCUAUGAAUUUACAAUGAGUACAUAUGUGCUGUAUUUAUUAGUAUCACUAAUUUAAAUCUAAUUUAAUUUUAAAAUAAUUGCUAUUUUAAUAGAUCUACGUUUGCAAUAUCAACUUGGGUGAAGUAUACAUAGGCUAUAAUAUGUACAUAGGUAGUUCUGAGUUUUAAACAUAAUGAUAUUCUUCUGGACAGGCAAUCAAGUUACUUUAUGAAUUGUUUUACA